UGGUGGCCACAAACAUCUCGUGCCCUCUAAAUGACCUUAUCCUCACGAGAUAUGGUUUCUCAAAACUGGUUCAGGGAUUCUACAUAGCCCAAGUGAGCUUAAACUAUCACUUACAUUCAAAGCUAAAACAGCCGUAAAGAUGAGGAAGAUAAUAGAUUUGAGAGGAGCACCAGGGAUGGAAAUAAUGGAGGGUUCUGCGUGUGUGGAUUGUGAGAAGGAUGUCAGAUUUUGCUGCUGGCCGACCUUGUCUUUCAGAUCUCUGAUGCACAUUAUUGUACCCCGUCGCUCCUGCCAAACUGGACGUGCUUCCCCACUUAAUGGGCAUCGACUUAAAGACUCCAUCCUUCGUCGAUCCACGGUCACAGGAACCAUAUUUGGCCACAGGAAGGGACGUGUGAGUUUGUGCAUUCAGGAAGACUCUUCAGCGCCACCAGCGUUGCUUCUUGAACUGGGUGUGCCCACAUACUUGCUAGCCAAGGAAAUGCACAAUGGGCUACUCCGCAUUGUGCUUGAGUGUGACAGGGAAGACGAGGAGCCUUGCAGUUUGUUCUCAGUGUCCACAUGGAACAUGUACUUCAAUGGACGUAAAGUGGGAUCAGCCAUCAAGAGACACCCCACAGAAGCAGACCGGGCUGUUUUGAAGGUUUUGCGGUCUAUUUCAGCAGGUGCAGGAGUCAUGCCCAAGGAAUACAAAGCCCAAGAAGGGGACGUCACAUAUAUGAGGGCUACUUUUCGUAGAGUUGUUGGCUCUCGUGAUUCUGAGUCUUUUCAUUUGGUGAAUCCCUUGGGAAGUACAUCUCAGGAGCUCAGUAUAUUCCUCCUCCGUUGUUAAUUUUUUUCACACCCAAAUGCAUGGUUAUAUGGUGGUGGAAGGAAAUCGUCCUCCAUUGCUGGAUUGUGCCACUUUAUUGGGAUAUUAUUAUGAUUGUACACACCAUAUUUUGUAUAGAUAGCAUGAUUCAUGGAUGUGGAAAUAUUUGUAAAGUUAUUAUGAAGCAUAGAUGUGGAAAUUUGUAGAAUUGUCCCUCUGCAAGGAAACUGAUCCAUUAAAGUAUCAGCAAUAGAA